AUGUCGAUUUCUGAAUUCCUCUGUCGGGUAUGUGGUCGAGAAGCUCAUGGAAAUCAUUUCGGUGUUUUUAGCUGUCGCGCCUGUGCAGCGUUUUUCAGAAGAGCAGCCAACUCAAAAUAUCUUCACAAAAAAUGUCAGAGAGGUGGAUUGAAUUUAGAAAAAUGUACCUGUAAGCCAUGUCGAUUGAGAAAGUGUAUCGAAAUGGGGAUGAGCACUGAAAAAUUUCAAUACAAUCGAGACAUAAUCCAUCCGAUCGAGAAUACUCAGAUUUGCCUCACUCCAAGCAUGUCACAUUUUGUUGGCCGUCCAGAAUUUGUUUUGUUCUGCGACCCUUCUAUACCAACAUAUUCAACUUUCAACUCGACAGUUUGGAUAGAUGUCCAACACCUGGUCACAGAAGCGUCACGUCUUCUGGACGAAGGAUGCGAAUCCCCGAUAUUUUCUGAGAAUCAGCUGAAAAAACUAACUCUGAGUUUCAAGUUUGUGAAGUUAGACACCGAGAAUUUGAAAGUUUUUGAAAAAAUGGGACAGACCGAGUUCCUGGAUAUAAUCGAGUACUAUUUUGUGACGGUUACCAAGUGGAUCAGUCACUUUGAUCAGUUUAAGAAGUUGGAUAAAAAUCUUCAGAUGAAACUCAUCCAAAUAAUAUGGCAUGUCUGGAGUAAAAUUCAUAAGUGUGUGACCACUGCAAUGUAUCGAAAAAUACAUAAUAAUGUGAAUCCGACACAGAAAAUAAUGAGAAAUAACGUGUUGGAUCGAGAAAGAGCGAAAUUGGAUACCAGCUGGAUGAGCGAUUAUCCAUCGGAAUAUGUAACAAAGUAUAUGUUUUCACAAAAUGUAUACGAUUUUGACAUUACAAGUGCAAUCGAGCAGUUGGAUCCUUCGGAUGUAGAACUAACCUACAUGUUUGCUCAAAUGUGUUUUGAAUACGCCGGAAAAAGGUUCCCUGGAGAAAUUCAAAAAAUUACGGACCAUUUUCAACAAGUUUUAUCAAAUGACCUCCAUGAAUAUUACGUGACUGAACAGAGGCGUCCACGGUACUUUCAUAGAUUGAGUGAACUGAUGAAAGUGAAUAAUUUGAUUCAGGUUGGUAGAAAAGUGACACUAUUUUUGACAAAACAAAUUACAGAAAUCAAUUUGGGAAACGAGAUCUUAUCGGGAGUUGGGGAAAGUGUUCAAUGUGCUGAAAAUACAGUUUUCUCAUCCAGAGAUGUUCGAGGAUUCUCCGUUCAACAGCAGUGCGUCUAA